AGCUGUCACUCUCCGCGUGCACGUCCGCUGGCUGCUGUAGUACAGCGUGCGUUGCGUCGCGUCUUUAUUGAUCUUCCAAGCGAUUAACCAUCUAGAGUCUGAACUGCGAUUCUUCAUGUCUUUUCUUACUUUCUUCAUCAAACCUUUGGCUUAUAUCUCUUUUCCUGUCAUCAUCCUUCGAACAAUCGCCUCAACUUCUCCCGUUGGGCGUUAUUAUGCUCAACUCACUAUUUACCUUGGGACGCUGGCAGUAGUCUCAACAUGGGGAGUCUUUGUCGCAGUCGGAAUGACAUUGAUGGGUUGCAGGCAUGACGUCAACUAUGUCGUUGCCCGGUCGUUCUAUGCUGUUGCUAGUCGCGUUUUGGAUAUCCAAAUAGAGGUCGAGGGCGAGGAGCAUCUGCAGACAUGUCCUGUGGUCAUGGUAGGCAAUCAUCAGAGCAUGCUUGAUAUUUUGUAUUUGGGAAGGAUGUUCCCUAGGAAAGCGUCCAUUAUGGCUAAGAAGGAGCUCCAAUGGUCGCCUCUGGGUCCUUGGAUGUUCAUGUCGGGUGCCGUGUUCGUAGAUCGUGGAGAUAGUGCAAAAGCACACGGAUCGCUCGCAGCUGCUGGAGAUGAGAUGAAAACGAAGGGCAUCUCGUUGAUGAUGUAUCCUGAGGGUACACGGCACUGCGAGGAAAUACCGUCGUUACUGCCUUUCAAGAAGGGUGCUUUCCAUCUUGCUGUCCAAGCUGGGAUACCCGUUACACCUGUCGUUUGUGAGAAUUAUUGGAGAAUUUAUCGCAAGGGCGUGUUCGGGUCAGGCACCAUCAGGGUCCGAGUUCUCCCACCAAUUUCAACCGCGGGACUCUCUGUAUCAGACGUCCCUGAAUUGACUACGUUAGUUCGAGAUCAGAUGUUGGCGACUUUACGUGAAAUUUCUGUCAAAGUCACCUCAGAAGAAGACAUGAAACCAGCCGAACAACCAGGAAUGCAAGCUGACUCAACACCUGUCGAAGAACCGGAUCCCAUACCGGCUACCCCUGUCCAGGUUGCGUCCGAUGAAGUUCCGGACGUGCCAAGCGACGAGGAUGGCAGUGAGACUCCGAGUGUUGACACUUCAUUGUCUCGGUCGUUGAGGCAAGAAGGAAGCGCCAGCGAAUAUGGAACGGAGACAGACGAUGAGGGGAUGGUAGUUGUCGGCAGACAGCAUCACUACUAACUUAAAUUGGCUGCUGAAUAGAUAGGUAAUAUGGCUGGCUUCUGGAACACUUCCAGUGCAUGAUACCAUUCUUGACACCAUUAUAUACUCGUACAUAAUAUGUUGGGAUUUCGGACCGACUCUGAUAUACCAUUGAAUGUUUGUUUUAUGAUUCAA